AUGAUGCUCCACAUGGCUUCCCAUUCCCUUUGGUCGCUUCUUCUGAGUUUUGCCUACCGUUAUUUUGUCCUUCUCAAUCACGCUCACAGUUCUCGAAGCGUUAUUCUAGCGAUUGCUGUUAUCUACAUUCCUUCUUUGAUCCAACUGGUCGGUUCAAACCUCAAAAAUGACAUUGAAAGUGGUCUAUUCGAAUCUUCCAAUGAAGAUUUUUUAAGAAAUGUUUCUUUUUCAGUUAUGCUGGGCGGAUUCCUGGGGUCCACCAUCGGAAUUGGCCAAAAUCAUUCACAAAAGAUUCCCAGCCUACGAUUUAACAAAUCAAACGAUAACUGGGAGCAAAAACAUGUUCAAACCGGCUUCUUUGUAUGUCAUGCUCCAUCUGUCACUUCCUGUCACUCCAGCUUACGUCGCUAUUUUGAUUCUGAGAAAGAAGAUUUUGGAUACACUCGAUAAAAGUGCUCACUACACUCGGAUCAACACGCAAAUCGUUCACCGACAAUUGCUCAAGGUGGGCUGUUUUCCAGUAACUCGGCUUUUGAGAACGGAUCUAAAGAAACAUAACGCGUGAACUUCGUCGAAAAUCAAAAGUAAAAAAAAGAAAAUCAAAAUUACCGAUUGGUCUUCUUUUUAUUUUUGCAUUUAUCUUCAUUUCCCAACAUUCAUUUUUUUUUCAUGCCUGUUCAAUUCUAUAAUAUUCUUCAAAAAAGAGCAAAGUUAGUUUUUUUUUUUUCAAAGUCAGUAUUAUGGUAAAAUGGUAUUAUCAAUGGUUUUGGUCAAAAUUUUAAUUUUCAAAGUCGUUUUUAGCACAGGAUCUAGGCCUGAAACUUUGAAUAAGGUGGUAUGAAAAAAACACCAGCGAAAAUUCAAAAGGCGACUUUUCCGAUUUUUUCAUAUCGCUAGGGAACUUUCCGACGAAUCUUUUUCCGACGUUCUUUCUCGAUAAAAUCUUUGUUUUGAUCCUUCCUAUAUAAAGUAAGUAGUGGGUCAUGUUUAAAACACAAAGAAAUAGAAAAAAAGUUUAUAGAUAUUUUAUAAACCGAAAAAAACAUAAGGGAAAAAAAGCCGGAAAGGGUUUCGUCGGAAAAGUGGCCGUCGGAAAGUUCCCUAGCGAUAUGAAAAAAAUCGGAAAAAGUCGCCGUUUGAAUUUUCGUUGGUGUUUUUUUCAUACCACCUUGAAUAACAGUACCCUAUAUAUCAAAAAUUAGCUGAUUUUCGUGAAAAAAACCAUUUCGAUAGCCUUCUAUGUAAAUCUAACUUUAAAAUGGAUGUUUCUUGUUUUAUGGUUAAACCUUUCUUGUUCCCAUAUAUUUUCAUUUCUCAACCUUUUAUAUUUUUCAGUCUCUGACCAUUCAAGCAUGUUUACCUGGGCUCUACUGGUUCGCCGUGGCAGCCUACGCGAUCGGACAAAUCGGGAUCUACAACCAUCCUGGCUUGGAAUAUACCACAUUUUCUUUAUCCGUUCUUAUUCCUGUCUUAUCUCCGCUAACUUCAAUUUAUUUGAUUCGUCCAUUCCGAGAGGAAGUUCUGAGAAAGCUUGGAUUUCUUUUAAACUUUUUUGGCUUUUCCUUCACCGUCACUAAGACUGAAAUCUUAAAAACUCCUAAAACCAUUAGUAACCGUGUUUCCAACGUUAACUAGUCAAAUAUACCAUUUUGAUGAAAAAUUUUCAUCUCAAUAUAUCUGAAAAUCGUUUUAGAAAAAAACAGGAAACGCAUAAUCGGAUUCCCACGCUUUCAAAGAACAAAAAAAUUCGAAAUUAAUUAACUUCUUGUUUUGAUUUAUCUGCAGACGGUUAACUUUAACCUAAAAGUACACUUUCACAAAUAUAAAUAGAGAUUUUUUCAUACGAAUCUUGAACUAGCCUUGCAAAAAAAAGAAAAAGAAAAUGGAAACCGCGUUCAAAAUCUACCAUUAUUCUGUAGCUUCCAUAGGAUGUUUCCUUAAUUCUGUAUUAAUUUAUUUGUUGGCCAAAAAGUCUCCGAAAGCAAUGAAAACCUAUUCGAUUCUAAUUAUGAAUUUCGCCGUGACGGAUCUGAUUAUUUGCAUCUGCGAUUGGUUUGUCCAACAGAGGUGAGAAUGAGCUAUUAUAAAAAUGAGAUCUAAAGCCAAAACUACAGAACUCAUAAGAACUAUUCAAUUUACUAUUUCAAUGUCCCAACCAACAUAUGAUGUUUCAAAAACUUCUUCUCUCAAUUAAUUUAUUUCAGAGUCAUUCCAACCGGUGUUGUUUUAGCCUUUAUUUCCACUGGGCCUUGCACUUACCUCGGUCAUUCUGCUUGCUUUACAGCGUUCGUUUUGAACUUCUCGGUGUAAUCAAAGCUUAUUAUUUUAUUCGAUAUUAUGCGACACUCUAGUCAUUUUCUUAUUUUAUUUCAUUUUUUUCUUCGUGUUUAGGCAAUACACAAGUGUACACGGCCUUCCCCAGGCUACUCAUUUCGAAACUUGUUAUUUUCAUUUUUCAGUCACAAUAUAAUGCUCCACAUGGUUUCACACUCGUUAUGGUCCCUUCUCUUAAGUUUCGCCUAUCGUUAUUUUGUCCUUCUCAACUACGCUCACAACACAAAAAGCGCUAUUCUGGCGGUUUUUAUCAUCUACAUACCUUCCUUGAUACAAUUGGUAUUCAAUACGAAAAUUUCUUGAAAAGCAAAUUUUUCCAGAUCUGUUGGACGGCUUCCUCCGGUUCGCCAAUCGAAUUGGCAGAAAUCAUCCACAAAAGAUUCGCAGCCUACGAUUUGACUAACAAAACGAUAACUGGGAGCAGAAACAUGUUCGAACCAUCUUCUCUAUACGUCAUGCUCCAUCUCACACUUCCCGUUACCCCAGCCUACGUGGUUAUUUUGAUUCUCAGGAAAAAGGUGCUGAACAAACUCGAUGAAAAGUCGCACAUAACGAGGAGAAACGUGCAAAUUGUCCAUCGACAAUUGCUCAAGGCGAGGACUUCUUUUUUGCGAAAUUUUUCAAAAUUUCUUUUCAGUCCUUGACAAUUCAAGCCUGUCUUCCUGGCCUCUACUGGUUCUCCGUGGCCGCCUAUGCGAUCGGCCAAAUUGGAAUUUUCAAUCACCCAGCCUUAGAAUAUACUCCUUUUUCUUUAACUGUUCUAAUUCCAGUUUUAUCUCCCCUUACCUCGAUUUAUUUUAUCCGCCCUUUCCGAGAAGAAGUUCUGAAGAAGCUUGGAACUGUCUUGAAGCUUUUCGGUUUUUCCUUGGCCGUACCUCAAAUUGAAAUCUCAAAAACUUCCCUCUCCACGAGUUAUCGUAUCUCCAAUGUGAAUGUAUAAUGUGUAAAACAUGUUUACUUUUGAAGUAGACUGUCAGUAUUUUCUAAAACUUUGUUGGAAAAAUUCUUGACCCACUUAAGUAAGGGCCUCACUGAAAGAUAUAUGUUCUUUUUGCCUCUCAAGUUCUCGAAAAUUAAAAUUUUCUCUUUCCCAUUGUAUUUUAUGUAUUUUAAUGAAUGAUGUGGUAUUUCUUUCAAUGUGAAUGAAAUACAACUCGUUGUUUCUCCUCGAAUCAACCAAGUUCAAUGCUUAAACUUUUAACUUUGCUCCAAUGAAUCCCACACAUUCUUGACGUUCAACCUCCCAAGAGCUGCCGAUUUCACAUAUAAUUAGCCUCUCAAGACAUUCUCGAAACAUUUUUCUCUCUAAUCAUAACUUGGAACGUUUAAAUCACAGACAUUUCACACUUUUUCGAGCCAUUCUGUCGAGGUUUUUUCCCUAUUCAUCUUCCAAAUGAUUUGUGCCAACCAAACCAGACUUAUCAAGGUACACACUUCAAAUUUGGAUACUCUCGCAAUUUUGGCGAUUAUUGACGUCGUUUCCGAAAUCUUCCUGAUAAUUGUCGCUAUUUCUAUGUAUCGAAAUGGGAGAAUGCAUAAAAGACCAAAGGCGAUGUUCACAAUGAACUGUAUGUCUUUUGCACUGGCCUAUUCGUUGAAUGCGACCUACGAUAUUGUCUACUUUUGGCUUGGGAAGCGAAAUGAAAAGGUGGCUUUCGUUUUCUUAUAUAGCUUAGUAAAGUCUGUGUAUCACGACUUGAAAUUUCACCGAACGACAUUCCGCUGUUCCGUUGCGUGCGUUCUCUUGUAUCUGACCUCUCUUGUAUCUGAUGUUCUACGAGCGAAAUUCACAAAUUCUCUGCCUAAGCCACAGCUCCUGCCGUCGUUUAAACACAGUUAACUCAAUGAAAGUCGAUUGCACAUGUAUUCUUACAUUGAAGAUGCAAUAAACGGUUUAAAAAAAACAGUUGCGUGCGUUCGCGAAGCGUCUUCCGAAUCAAGGUAACGCUUUCAAUUGAUUGUUAUUGCUGUGGGAGCACCUUACUGAAAAAAAAAAAAAAUUAAAAGCGCGACCAAGGUUCGCAAAAGCGCGCAGCGGCACAACGGAAUGUCGUUUGGUGAAAUUCCAAGUCGUAGUACACAGGCUAUAGCUCAUGAUCGCCCUUGUAAUUUUUAAAAAGUUUUUAACAUAUUGAUUACUGGAAUACUACCUUAUGCAUAAGUGGAAAAAGCGUGAAAUUAUCUCCAACUAGGUUUCCACACUUUAAAGGAAAUCCUAAAACAGCAAAGAUUUCACAUUUCCGCAUUUUUCGAUCCAAAUUUUUCUGUCGUAUGGUUCCCUUAAAAGAUAAAUCUUUCUUCUUUUUUUUUUGCAGAGCCUAUCUCUGGUACCUCUGAACAUGAAUUCAAAAUUUCCACCUUAACUGAUGCACCCCAAGUGGGGCCUUAAAGUUUCUAGUCGCCCAUCGAAUUUAGCAAAAUGAGAGAGUCGAUAAAUUUUGUGGCGAGCUAUUAAUAAAUGAAGCCUUAGCUUUUUAAAGAAUUCUUUUCAGAUAACCGUCUUGCAAUGCUCUCUAUUCCGUAACUUGACGAAUAAUCCCAUGGCUACACCCGGUAUAGUCGAUGCGAUUGACCGAUUUCUGGUCAUUUUUGGGUUCCACACUAUGCGGCUUUCCUUGUGAGUUUCAAUUUUCAGAAAUUCACCAUAUUCAACUCGGUCCUUGAAUACUAAGUAAAAACCAAGAAGCCAUUUAAAAGAUACGCGUUUGAAGUGGUUUUUUCGAAAACAAUUUUGGCUUCCAACCUUCCAUUUUUUUUAUAAUUGAUGAACCGAAAAAGAAUCUUCCAGAAUAUCCUUCCUCUACAUCACGCCACCAAUCCUGGGCUUCUUCAUUGGAUUAUACAACACUGUGAUUCCUUGCAACGUCAUUCAUGACGAUUUUCUGUGUCCUGUUUUGAUUCGAACGCCUUGGAUUUAUGAUAUUAUGAACUUCUUUCAGUGGUUAGUCUGCUUACUAAAACACGAAAAAACAGAAUCUCAAAGGAAGAAACAUAAAAAUUGCCAGUGAGAGUCUCAAGAAUCCGUGCUUUUUGUUCGAGAGCAUCACUUCAAUUUGUCUAUUGGGCACAAAUGACUUUAAAUAGAGGCUAUUUUUCCAUGAGGUCCAAUUUGACAAGACUUUUUGUCUAUUACACCUGUCUUUUAGGUUCUGUGUGGCCUUUGCUGUAACUAUCUCUUUCCUUUGCUGGCUAAAAAUAAAGCUUCACGUCCACAGCACAACGACCACUUCCAAGCCAACAAUUGAACUGGUAAUAACUAUGUGCCUUUUUUCUUGUUUUUCCUACAAAACUUGUGUUUUCAGACAUCAAAAUGUUGGCAAAAACUUCCCAAACACAUUCUUUUCAGACGCAAUCCAAGUACUACAAAGAUCGGUCAAUCAUGAGGCUUUUCCUGUGUUGCUGCGUUAUGCCUCUGAUUAUAUUCGCGCCGCCGAUAAUUGUUUCUUUGAUUGAAAAUGCGUUGAACAAGAAGAAUUUAUUGCCGCAGGCCAGUUUAUUCCUUCCUUUUCAGCAAUGCAACUUGAUAAGAAAUUUAAUUUGAUAUGAAUAGUUGGAAAGAACGGAAAACGAAGGUCGGAGUACACCUUUCAAAAAUAUCCAUUUUUAAUAAUCCUUCGAACCCCAAUGAAAAUUAUAAACACGUAAAAAUUCUUAAGCUAUUAAAGACUAUAUGAGCGAUCAAAAAACCGGGGAUGCUAGCUUCUUUGAGACUCGAUAACUAAACUGCAUAACCAAAAGACGGAACCAAAAAGCGCUCCAUUGAAGUUUGAACGACCUUAACGAGGAGAUAGAAAUCAAAAAAAGAGUGCAAAGAGGCUCUAUUGUAAUUUUCCUUUUUGGGUGACAAAGGUUCCCUUUUUGCUACCUUUCUGCUUCCUUUCUUGAGCCUCUCUCUUUUAGCAGCCAUUAUCCACCAUUCCGACUUUGCCCGAGUCAAAGGAAAAGGAAGGCGUAAAAAAUUCAAAUAAAAAACUUUCAGGCCAUCCAAAAAGCCUUGAUCGUGAUACAAGACUUCACGAUGGCUUUCGUUUGGAUCAUUUAUAUCACCUUUAUUCCUUCAAUUCGAAUUGGAUUUUUCGAGUUAUUCGGCGUCACUUUGCACCCCCCGACAGUGCCGCCAAGCCGUGUCGCCUGGUCUUCUGCCUCGAUUUAG